UGAAUUCGAAGCUGGUAUCUCAAAGAACGGGCAGACCCGCGAGCAUGCGCUUCUGGCCUACACGCUGGGUGUGAAACAACUCAUUGUUGGUGUUAACAAAAUGGAUUCCACCGAGCCACCCUACAGCCAGAAGAGAUACGAGGAAAUUGUUAAGGAAGUCAGCACCUACAUUAAGAAAAUCGGCUACAACCCCGACACCGUAGCUUUUGUGCCAAUUUCUGGUUGGAACGGCGACAACAUGCUGGAGCCGAGUGCGAAUAUGCCUUGGUUCAAGGGAUGGAAGGUAACUCGGAAAGACGGCAACGCCAGUGGAACCACACUGCUUGAAGCUCUGGAUUGCAUCCUUCCACCCACUCGCCCAACUGACAAGCCUUUGCGGCUGCCUCUCCAGGACGUCUACAAAAUUGGUGGUAUUGGCACAGUUCCUGUGGGCCGAGUGGAGACUGGUGUUCUCAAACCUGGCAUGGUGGUCACCUUCGCUCCAGUCAAUGUCACAACUGAAGUGAAGUCUGUUGAAAUGCACCACGAAGCUUUGAGUGAAGCUCUCCCUGGGGACAACGUGGGCUUCAACGUCAAGAACGUAUCUGUCAAAGAUGUUCGUCGUGGCAAUGUUGCUGGUGACAGCAAGAAUGACCCACCAAUGGAAGCAGCUGGUUUCACUGCUCAGGUGAUUAUCCUGAACCAUCCUGGCCAGAUCAGUGCCGGCUAUGCUCCUGUACUGGAUUGUCACACAGCUCACAUUGCUUGCAAGUUUGCUGAGCUGAAAGAAAAGAUCGAUCGCCGGUCUGGUAAGAAGCUGGAAGAUGGACCCAAAUUUCUGAAAUCCGGUGAUGCUGCCAUUGUUGACAUGGUCCCAGGCAAGCCCAUGUGUGUUGAGAGCUUCUCUGACUAUCCACCUCUGGGUCGCUUUGCUGUUCGUGAUAUGAGACAGACAGUUGCUGUGGGCGUCAUCAAAGCAGUGGACAAGAAGGCUGCUGGAGCUGGCAAGGUCACCAAGUCUGCCCAGAAAGCUCAGAAGGCUAAAUGAAUAUUACCCCUAACACCUGCCACCCCAGUCUUAAUCAGUGGUGGAAGACCGGUCUCAGAACUCUUUCUCCCAAUUGGCCAUUUAAGUUUAAUAGUGAAAGACUGGUUAAUGAUAACAAUGCAUCGUAAAACCUUCAGAAGGAAAGGAGAAUGUUUUGUGGACCAUUUUUUUUUUGUGUGGCAGUUUUUAAGUUAUUAGUUUUUAAAAUCAACACUUUUUAAUGGAAACAACUUGACCAAAAACCUGUCACAGAAUUUUGAGACCCAUUAAAACAAAGUUUAAUGAGAAACCUGUGUCUCUUGGUCACCACAACGGCAGUGUCUUAAUACCAAUACCGGUUCUGGCUGCUUCAAAUCUGGGAAGGGGGCUGUUCUGAGUAGUGAGAUGGGGUAGAGGGCUGUGUUGAUGCACCAAUUCCUAUAGCAAGACUAAUAUGUAUUUGUGUAAUUCACAGUAUGUAGGAGUUAUAAAACAUCAAAUUUG